AUGAACGAGACUAUGAAGAGUGCAAAGUUUGACUUUGACACUGGGGAUAGCGACAGCCACAACUACACUCACAAUGAGUCUGAAAGCUAUUCUGCAGAGGAUGCGAAGUACGACGUCGGGAAGGAGGAAAGCUCAGACCCGUUCGAGAAGCUGAGAAGCAGUGCAGCAGAUACCCUUCACCAAAGGACUGGAUGGAUCUUCCUGGUAGGUGUCUUGCUGUCUGUACUGGCGGUCUGCUGCUGGAACCUUCAAGUGGAUGUCAAGGACAGAAGCGAAUCCAUUUCCAGCAUCCGGGUGAAGGACAUUCUACUUGCCUGCUCUUUAGGCGUGUUCACAUUUAUUGGCCUGAACUUCGUGAUCUUCAAGACGAGUUUUCUAGGGAUGAAGAGGUCCAGCAGCCUGAACACGUUCUUCUACUACGCAAACGAGCUUUCGGAGCAUUCAUCUGCAGGAAUCAUCUUUAUCCUGGGAUUUUCUCUGGCGUUGCUGAAGGGCUUUGACUACUGUGUGUAUAACAGGCAGGGGCUGGACCUGUUUCUCAGCGACGUGUUCAGCAGUCUUCUGAUAGCGACCCUCAUGCUCGGAGUUGUGAAGGUAUUCCACAGGGCCAUUUCAAUGAACUUCAACUAUUCAGUGUACAUUAAAAGGAUCAGAAGGGUGCUUCUUGAGGAUGCAUUCAUUAAUCUUCUAGGGGUCAUAGAUAGUAGAAAGAACCGGGGAAUUGAAAGAUCAAGGCUCAACAGAUCUCAGGAGAUCAUGUACAAGAGCGAUGCAAUAUCGUCCAUAAACGAGUACAUGGAGGAUCUCUACGGCUACAAUGAGCCCACGAACGAGCUUGAUCUGCCUAGAAAAAGGGUUCUUCUCAAGGAGUUCCAAAGGCUUGUGAGACGUUCUAGCGGUAUCCGUGGGAGUGUUAUUCAGAUAUCCCAAAAGCUUAAGAACAGGGCUGCUAGCAAGGCAAGCAAGAUAGUUGGAAAGGACGGGGUUGGGCCCAUGUCUGACCUGUCGCUGUACUUCCACAACCCGGAGGUGUUCAAGUUCUUAAUGAAGGAAAUAGGUGUUGAGGAGGGCUUCAAGUUCACCAAAGGUAGCCUUGCGGACUUUAUUGAAAGAACAUACAGAGAGAGGCACUUUUUGAAGGAGAAUCUCGAGCACAUGAACUCUGCAAUAGACAAGGUUGCACUUGGACUCAAGGUCAUAAUAGCUGGGCUCAUUUUGGCGAUGCUAUACAUUAAGGCUGGGGGAGAGGGGAUUACAACCAUAGGAGUGAUAUCUGCAUUCUUCGGGACACAGUUUAUAUCGAACUCAUUUUCUGCCAGCGUGAUAGGCAGCAUAAUUUUCCUAUUUUUCAUCCAUCCAUAUGACAUUGGAGAUAGGAUUUUUGUGACCUUGGAUGGAGUGGAGGAAAACCUUGUUGUAUCUGAGCUGAAUGUGUUUUCAACUGUGUUCUAUAGAUGGGACGGGGUCUACAUAACGAUCCUCAACACAGUGCUGGCGCAGAAGGCGAUCAGGAAUCUUAGAAGAAGUGGGAUCAUGGCUGAGUCUCAUAGGAUCCAGAUAAAUAGUAGGACCAACCAGAAGAAGCUGAUUCGCCUGAAGGAGCUUAUAGAGGACUUUGUGAAGAGUAAUCCGGAAGACUAUACAGAGUACAUAAUGCUGAAUCACGAGUACAUUGAGGAUGCCUCGAAGCUCCACAUGAAGGUCUACAUGCAGUACAAGAGCAGCUGGCAGAAUUUUGAGCUGUAUCUUCGGAGAAAGACAAAGUUUCUGUCCUUCUUGAACAGGGCUCUCCAAGAACUUGAGAUUGAGUAUGUUCUUCCGCCAAGACAGAUUUCCUUGAGAAAUGCCUAG